AUGCCAAAGUCAAUUUCCAUCUCCAAGGUAGAAGGCAAGCCGGGCCAGGUUUACUAUCCAUUGUCGCUUGACGAUGUUGCUAAACCUACGCCGAAGGGCAAAGAGGUCCUUAUCCAAAUGCACGCCGCGGCGCUGAACCAUCGAGACCUCUACGUCCGACAGCAUCUUUACCCCGGCACAACCUUCGGCGUGACGUUGCUGGCAGACGGAUGCGGAACGGUCGUUGCUGUAGGUAGCGACGCUGAUCCAAAUUGGAAAGGCAAGAGAGUCAUUGUGAACCCAGGCUUAGGCUGGAAUGACAGCCCUGAGGGCCCUGAAGAUCAGGGCGGCUACAGAAUCCUGGGCGGCACAAAAGUCAAUGUAAACGGCACGUUGCAGGAAUACAUGAUCAUAGAUGAGGCUGAGGUCGAGGAAGCGCCGUCCCACCUUUCCGAUGUCGAAGCUGCCGCGAUUCCCCUGACUGGCCUUACUGCGUGGCGAGCGGUCAUGACCAAAUGUGGGCCUCGAAACAUCGGGCCAGGCAAGAACAUCCUCGUUACAGGUAUUGGUGGCGGUGUGGCCUUGUUCGCCCUCGAAUUCGCACGAGCCGCCGGCACCAAUGUCUAUGUUAGCAGCAGUAGCGAAGAGAAGCUACAGAAGGCCAUCAAUCUCGGAGCAACAGGCGGUGUCAACUACAAGGAGGAGGGUUGGGAAAAGAAACUGUUGGCUAUGUUGCCUGCAGAUAACAAGCAACUCGAUGCCAUUGUUGACGGGGCUGGUGGUGACAUCGUCGACAAGAGCGUGACGUUGCUCAAGCCCGGUGGUAUCAUCGCGAUUUAUGGCAUGACCACGGGCCCUAAGAUGCCGUGGCUGAUGAAGGCUGUGCUCAAGAAUAUCGAGGUCCGAGGGACAACCAUGGGGUCGAGAAAGGAGUUCAAAGAUAUGGUGGACUUCGUCAAGGCGAACAAGGCAAAGCCUGUAGUCUCGCGGACCGUCCAGGGGUUCGAUCUCGAUGCUAUCAACGGCCUGUUCGAGGACAUGAAAAAGGCUAGCCAGUUUGGCAAAUUGGUGAUUGAGCUCUCCAAGGAAAGUGCCGACAGCAAGUUGUGA